GGUCGAGUUUUUUGUGCAACAUGGAUGAUGAGGAGGAGACCGUGUCGAUCACCGACAGGCGGCCCCAGUCCGGAUACGAAAACGUUUACAGCGAGUGCGGCUGCUGCGAGAGAGUUGUCAUCAACGUGUCGGGUCUGAAGUUUGAAACUCAGCUCAAGACGCUCACUCAGUUCCCGGACACGCUCCUGGGAGAUCCGGACAAGAGGAUCAGGUACUUCGACCCGCUGAGGAACGAAUACUUCUUCGACCGGAACCGACCGAGUUUUGACGCCAUUCUUUACUACUACCAGUCAGGCGGGCGCUUAAAAAGACCAGUCAACGUCCCAUUUGACAUAUUUUCCGAGGAGGUCAAGUUUUAUGAACUCGGGGAGGAGGCGAUACUAAAGUUUCGUGAGGAUGAGGGCUUCGUCAAAGAGGAGGAGAAACCUCUGCCGGAGGAUGAGUUCAAGCGCCAGAUUUGGCUGCUCUUUGAGUAUCCGGAGAGCUCGAGCCCUGCCAGGGGGAUCGCGGUCGUGUCCGUCCUUGUUAUUGUCAUUUCUAUUGUGAUUUUCUGCCUGGAGACGCUGCCGGAGUUCAGGGAUGACAAAGAGUAUCUACAGCCACGAAACAACUCCUCUCAAGCAGAUCACGGAUUUACUCCUUUUAACGACCCUUUUUUCGUCGUGGAAACGGUCUGCAUCAUCUGGUUCUCGUUUGAGAUUAUAGUUCGCUUCUUUGCCAGUCCGAGCAAAACUCUCUUCUUUAAAAACAUUAUGAACUCCAUAGACAUUGUUUCCAUUUUGCCUUAUUUCAUUACUCUCGGCACGGACCUGGCGCAGCAUCAGGGCAACGGACAGCACGCGAUGAGUUUCGCCAUCCUGAGAAUAAUCCGCCUUGUCAGGGUGUUUCGCAUCUUCAAGCUGUCCAGGCACUCUAAGGGGCUGCAGAUCCUGGGUCACACCCUGCGUGCCAGCAUGAGGGAGCUGGCCCUCCUCAUUUUCUUCCUGGUCAUAGGUGUCAUCCUGUUCUCCAGCGCGGUGUACUUCGCCGAGGCGGACGAACCCACCUCGCAGUUUACGAGCAUCCCGGACGCGUUUUGGUGGGCUGUAGUGACCAUGACCACAGUGGGUUACGGAGACAUGAAGCCCAUCACUGUGGGUGGGAAGAUAGUGGGCUCCCUCUGCGCGAUCGCGGGCGUGUUAACCAUUGCGCUCCCGGUCCCGGUCAUAGUGUCCAACUUCAACUACUUUUAUCACAGGGAGACCGAUAACGAGGACCAGUCGCCGGUGGUGGAGAGCAUGCCCCCGGGCUGCCCGUACUUCCCUGACUUUCUAAGAAAAUUCAAAGGCUCGCCCUCUGGCUCCUCGCUCGGUGACAAAGCGGAGUAUAUGGAAAUGGAGGAGGGGGUGACGGAGUCGCUUUGCGGGCUGGACAAGAGCCCCAGUAAAGGAAACGGCACAGACAUAAGCAGAAAAAACAGUACUAACUCAAAAUCCAUUCAGACUGACGUGUGAUUACAAUUAGAGUUUAUUAUUAUUAAUUAUUUUUCCUGAAGAAGAAGAACACGCCCUAUAAAGAUAAUUUUGAACAUCAUUUCUGCCCAACAGCAGGUGACCCCCUCCCGCCCUCACAUCCCCAACACAAGUUUGAAACACGCCUCAGACACAGACACACACACACACACACACACACACGCACAUUCAUGCCACUGAUUGGCAGGUUGUGAUGCUUCUCUCUCUUUCUCCUGUUUUUAACCAUCGCGCACUUCUCUAACAGCAGCCUUUCCCCCAAACCAUCUUCACCACACACCAGUCUAUUUGUUCAUCUAAGCUGUGCGGGCUUCCAAAUCUGACAUCAAAUUGAAAUUCUAGUAAAGACAGGCUAUGCAUUCGCACUUUAUGAGUUUCAUCUGUCAAUAACAGAUAUAGGGAUGAUCGUUUUUGCUGUUAUGCAAUAAAGUUCAAAAUCUGUUUGCACUAAUGUAGAUUUUUUUUUUGCGCUGGGUUUUGACAGAUUUGUAUUCAGAGACAGAAGCUGUAGGCCAUGAAAGUGGCGCGUAUUUAGUAAUCCUCUGACCACUUCGCUAAAGAAUGUUUGAACAACUUCCUCACAGAGAGCAGACUAAGGAUAUUAAUAAUCCCCUUUAUAUGCUGCCAGUAAAACUAAAGAAAAAAGAAAAAAUUGGAAACGAAAAUACGGAUAAGUCUUUUGUAACUGUUCCAGUAUUUAACAUUAAAGAAAAGCUAACUGAUAAGACAGCAUUUAGUAAACCAGGGCUACAGUUAUUUCUAUGACACCUACACAACUAUGUUUUUCCACAACAGGCCAAAAGAAAAAAAAAAGCCUUCUAUUGCUGACCCACUGCGAGAGCUAAGCACAGGAAUCACCAGUUUAUAAAAUGGCUGGAGAAAUGACUCGCCCCAGGUUUUGUAUGGACAUGCUUGUUGGAAACUCGGCGACAGCAGUUUUCCCCAGUUUCAUUUAAACCACCUCAAAAUGACAAUAUCCCUUUACAAGGAGGCAGAUGGAAAGUUAAAGCAAAAAUGACUCAUCGUGGAAACUCAUUGGAAGGGAGCUUGCGAGCAAUUUUCUCUCCUGUCUGCUGGACUUCGUGCACAAUUCCUUCCCCCCCCCCCCCCCCGCCUCACCCCCCAGGAGGACUGCGAUUAUCUGCGAGCUCGGAGGAUCGUCAUGAUGUGGAUGUCUUCCAAGGGAUCCACUGACACGCUGG